AGCUGGUUUAGAGAGAGAUGGCAACAUCGCAACACCUCAUUCUACCAUCCAUACUUGUUUCCAUGGUUACAAUAGGACGAACACAAAUAUGUCCUACGCCACCAUGCGAUCCUAACCCUUGUUUAAAUGGCGGGGUCUGUAGGCGGUCUGCAGGAUGUCAGUACACAUGCUCGUGUUCAGCAGGCUUCUCUGGUACAAGCUGUGGGGAUGGGGAUGUCUGCUUGAGCACGCCUUGUCAGAAUAGUGGUGAAUGCUUCUCAUUUACCAACCCAAAUCUCUAUGUUUGCAUCUGUACGGGGAGUUGGAAAGGCGUUAAUUGCGACAUCGGUGAAUGUGAUAGUGACCCUUGUCUCAACGGAGGAACGUGUGUGGAGACUAAUGAUGGCGCGUUCAAUGGAUGUACAUGCCCUCAAGGGUUCUUAGGAGAGUAUUGUUCAAUAGUCAAUCAUUGCAAUCCAGACCCUUGCAACGGCGCUGGAAACUGUGAGAAUUUCAUCAACACCUUUAUAUGUACCUGUUUUAUUGGUUGGGAUGGAAGGCGGUGUGAUAUUCCAAAUCCAUGCGAAACCAAUCCGUGCUCACAGAAUGGAGCUUGUCAUAAUAACGGUACUCAGUUUUACUGUCAUUGUGACCCCGGAUGGAUUGGUCGCUUAUGUGACAUAGUUGAUCCAUGUUUCUACAAGCCAUGUCUAAACGAAGGAAUAUGUACAACCUUUCCCGAUUCUUUCAUCGAUGGCAUGGCUCUAUUCAACUGUACUUGUCAUUCUGAAUUCUUCGGAAAUACAUGCGAAAUAGUUGAUCCAUGUUUCUUCAAUCCCUGUCUAAACGGAGGAACAUGUACAACCUUUUCUGAUUCUAUCAUCAAUGGCACAGCUCUUUUCAACUGUACUUGUCAUUCCGAAUUCUUUGGAGAAAUCUGUGAAAUAGUUGAUCCAUGCUUCUUCAGUCCAUGUCUAAAUGAAGGAACAUGUACAACCUUUCCUGAUUCUAUCAUCAAUGGCACAGCUCUCUUCAACUGUUCUUGUCAUUCUGAAUUCUAUGGAGAUACUUGUGAAACAGUUGAUCCAUGUUUCUUCGAUCCGUGUCAAAAUGAAGGAACAUGUACAACCUUUCCUGAUUCUAUCAUCAAUGACACUGCCCUGUUCAACUGUUCUUGUCAUUCUGAAUUCAUUGGAGAAACUUGUGAAAUUGUUGAUCCAUGUUUCCUCAAUCCGUGUCUAAAUGAAGGAACAUGUACAACCUUUCCUGAUUCUAUCAUCAAUGGCACAGCUCUUUUCAACUGUUCUUGCCAUUCUGAAUUCUUCGGGGAAUCUUGUAAGACAAUUGAUCCAUGUUUCUUCGAUCCGUGUCUAAAUGAAGGAACCUGUACAAACUUUCCUAAUUCUAUCAUCAAUGACACUGCCCUGUUCAACUGUACUUGCCAUUCUGAAUUCAUUGGAGAUACAUGCGAAAUCGUUGAUCCAUGCUUCUUCAAUCCGUGUCUAAACGGAGGAAUAUGUACAACCUUUCCUGAUUCUAUCAUCAAUGACACAGCUCUAUUCAAUUGUACUUGUCAUUCUGAAUUCUUUGGAGAAACUUGUGAAAUAGUUGAUCCCUGUUUCUUCGAUCCAUGUCUAAAUGAAGGAUCAUGUACAACCUUUCCUGAAUCUAUCGUUAACGGCACGGCUCUAUUCAACUGUACUUGUCAUUCUGAAUUCUUUGGAGAAACCUGUCAAAUAGUUGAUCCGUGUUUCUUCACUCCAUGUCUAAACGAAGGAAAGUGUACAAUAUAUCCUGAUUCUACCAUCAAUGGCACAGCUUUAUUUAACUGUUCUUGUCAUUCUGAAUUCUUCGGAGAAACUUGUGAAAUAGUUGAUCCGUGUUUCUUCAAUCCAUGUCUAAAUGGAGGGACAUGUACAACCUUUCCUGACUCUAUCGUCAAUGACACAGCGUUAUUCAACUGUUCUUGUCAUUCUGAAUUCUUCGGGGAAUCUUGUGAGAAAGUUGAUCCAUGCUUCUUCAGUCCAUGUCUAAAUGACGGAACAUGUACAACCUUUCCUGAUUCUAUCGUCAAUGACACAGCUCUCUUCAACUGUUCUUGUCAUUCUGAAUUCUAUGGAGAUGCUUGUGAAAUAGUUGAUCCAUGUUUCUUAAAUCUGUGCCUAAAUGAAGGAACAUGUACAACUUUUCCCGAUUCUAUCAUCAAUUACACAGCUCUAUUUAACUGUUCUUGUCAUUCUGAGUUCUUUGGAGAUGCAUGUAAAAGAGUUGAUCCAUGUUUCUUCAAUCCGUGUCUUAAUGGAGGAACAUGUACAACCUUUCCAGAUUCUACAGUCAAUGGUACAGCUCUAUUCAACUGUACCUGUCAUUCUGAAUUCUUUGGAGGAACUUGUGAGAAAGUUAAUCUAUGUUUCUUUGAUCCGUGUCUAAACGACGGAAGGUGUACAACCUUUCAUGAAUCUAUCGUCAGUGACACAGUUCUAUUCAACUGUACUUGUCAUUCUGAAUUCUUUGGAGAUGCAUGUGAAACAGUUGAUCCAUGUUUCUUCAAUCCGUGUCUUAAUGAAGGAAUAUGUACAACCUUUCCUGAUUCUAUCGUCAAUGACACAGCUCUCUUCAACUGUUCUUGUCAUUCUGAAUUCUUUGGAGAAACCUGUGAAAUAGUCGAUCCAUGUUUCUUCAAUCCGUGUCUAAAUGGAGGAACAUGUACAACCUUUCCUGACUCUAUCGUCAAUGACACAGCGUUAUUCAACUGUACUUGUCAUUCUGAAUUCUUUGGAGAUGCAUGUGAAACAGUUGAUCCAUGUUUCUUCAAUCCGUGUCUAAACGGAGGAAUAUGUAAAACCUUUCCUGAUUCUAUCGUUAACGGCACGGCUCUAUUCAACUGUUCUUGUCAUUCUGAAUUCAUUGGAGACACUUGUGAAACAGUUGAUCCAUGUUUCUUCGAUCCGUGCCUAAAUGAAGGAACAUGUACAACCUUUCCUGACUCUAUCGUCAAUGACACAGCUCUAUUCAACUGUUCUUGUCAUUCUGAAUUCUUUGGAAAAACUUGUGAAAUUGUUGAUCCAUGUUUCUGCAAUCCGUGUCUAAAUGAAGGAACAUGUACAACCUUUCCUGAUUCUAUCGUCAAUGGCAAAGCUCUAUUCAACUGUACUUGUCAUUCUGAAUUCUUCGGGGAGACGUGUGAAAUAGGUAAUCCAUGUUUCUUCAAUCCGUGCCUAAUUGAAGGGACAUGUACAACCUUUCCUGAUUCUAUCAAUGGCACAGCCCUAUACAACUGUUUUUGUCAUUCUGAAUUCUUUGGAGAAACCUGUCAAAUAGUUGAUCCAUGUUUCUUCAAUCCGUGUCUAAAUGGAGGAACAUGUACAACCUUUCCUGACUCUAUCGUCAAUGACACAGCUCUCUUCAACUGUUCUUGUCAUUCUGAAUUCAUUGGAGAUGCAUGUGAAACAGUUGAUCCAUGUUUCUUCAAUCCGUGUCUAAAUGAAGGAAUAUGUACAACCUUUCCCCAUUCUUUCAUCGAUGGCAUGACUCUAUUCAACUGUACAUGUCAUUCUGAAUUUAUUGGAGAUGCAUGUGAAACGGUUGAUCCAUGUUUCUUCGAUCCAUGCCUAAAUGAAGGAACAUGUACAACAUUUCCUGAUUCUAUCAUCAAUGGCAAAGCUCUAUUCAACUGUACUUGUCAUUCGGAAUUCUUUGGGGAGACGUGUGGAAUAGCUGAUCCAUGUUUCUUCAACCCUUGUCUAAACGAAGGAAUAUGUACUGCCUUUCCUGAUUCUAUCGUCAAUGACACAACUCUAUUCAACUGCACUUGUCAUUCUGAAUUCUUCGGAGAAAUUUGUGAAAUGGUUGAUCCGUGUUUCUUCAACCCUUGUCUAAACGAAGGAACGUGCACGACCUUUCCUGAUUCUAUCACCAAUGGCACAGCUCUAUUCAACUGUUCUUGUCAUUCUGAAUUCUUCGGAAAAACCUGUGAAAUAGUCGAUCCCUGUUUCUUCAAACCGUGUCUUAACGGAGGAACAUGUACAACCUUUCCUGAAUCUAUCGUAUAUGGCACAGCUCUUUUCAACUGUUCUUGUCAUUCUGAAUUCUUUGGAGAUACUUGUGAAAUAGUCGAUCCGUGUUUCUUCAAUCCGUGUCUAAAUGGAGGAACAUGUACAACCUUUCCUGAUUCUACCAUCAAUGACACAGCUCUCUUCAACUGUUCUUGUCAUUCUGAAUUCUUUGGAGAAAAGUGUGAAAUACUUGACUCGUGUAUCUCGAACCCUUGUAAAAACGAUGGCUCAUGUACGACCUUUUCUGGUUCUAUUAUAAAUGGUUCAGUUCUUUUCAACUGCACGUGCCUUCCAGAAUUCUUAGGAAAAACUUGCGAAAUAGUUGAUCCAUGUUUCUUCAAUCCGUGUCUAAAUGGAGGAACAUGUACAACCUUUCCUGAUUCUAGCAUCAAUGAUACAGCUUUUUUCAACUGUUCUUGUCAUACAGGAUUCUUCGGGGAGACGUGUGAUAGAGCAUUUCCAUGUUUUAGCAAUCCAUGUCUGAACAAAGGAACUUGCGAACCAAACGGAAAGGUGUUCACAUGUAAAUGCGGAGAAUCGCACGACGGAGAGCUAUGUGCUAAUGGUAAAGGUCCUUGCAGAAGCAAUCCAUGCGUACAUGGGACAUGUAUGAUCAGCUAUGCUUAUGGCACUGAACAAUAUAAAUGUGAAUGCGAUGAAGGUUUCCAAAGUCUCCAAUGCGAUGAGCCGAUCCCAGAGUCGAAGCACCCGUGUGAUGAGAACCAGCCCUACCGCUGUCAACAUGGUGCCGAAUGUCAUAGGAAUGGGACCGACUAUUACUGCGUAUGUCCAGAAUUAUAUACCGGCAAGAACUGUGAAACCCCUACCGCAUGCUUUGAGAACUUGUGUCGUCAUAGCGGCACGUGUCAUGUUGCUGGUGAUAACUAUACUUGUUCGUGUACAAACCAAUGGAUGGGAAGGAAUUGCACAGAACAAAGCCCAUGUUAUGAUGAACCUUGUUACAAUGAUGGGAUUUGCAGUCAUGAAAAUGGAGAAGCUUCCUGCGCUUGCGGUGAAGAAUGGACAGGACUUAGUUGUAGGACACCUCUACACUGCAGGUCUUCCCCCUGUCUAAACGGAGGAACGUGUAAGGAGUGUAAAUUGGACUACUGCUGUGUAUGUCCUGAAGGCCUCAGUGGAACGAGAUGCGAAAUGGAAUGGUCGUUGAAUGACACAUACGCCAACAUGUCAUCGCAAACAAAUUUUACUUGGACGCCCAUGACUCCCACUACGUUCUCGUCAAAUUCACAAUUACCCGACAUUGUUCGUACCUUUUCAUCAUCAUCAUCACCAUCAUCAUCAUCACUAUCAUCAUCAUCAUCGCCAUCAUCAUCACCAUCA